CUCUUGAUUGCGUCACACGUCAGCUGCGAAUGACUCCGCGGCGACCCGGAUGUAAACAUCGCAGCCAUAUUGGACGUCCCGAAUGUAGACGACCAUCCCAAAAGAUUGAGUGUUAUUUUUGAACCGGCUUCCGAACUCGCCAGCUUCUUCCAAGUAUUAUUUUGUAACUUGACAUCCCUCACGGCGAGCUGUCGACAGUCUGUAUGGAGCGGCCGAGCGACUACGAGGCGACUACCGCCGAAACUUUCCGCUCACAGGCGGCGCUCAUCAUGGAGCUGGCGGUGGAGGCGGCCGUCGGGAUCCUCCGCGGGAGCCUCGCCGGCGUCGAGCUGAAGCCUCAGCUAACGGCCACCUUGAGCGUGGCGGCAAAGGAGGCCGUCCGGCAAAUCUGCAGCGUGUUCGGUCAGCUACUCGCCAGCUCGGCCAAGGAGAACGAGACCUUGCGGGACAAAGUGGGCCGACUGGAGGCCGAGCUCAGUUCAAGGGACAAGCAAACGACCGCGGCCGAGAACACAAAAACAGCAGACGCCAAGCGACCGGCCGCCAUUCCCGCGAGCCUCGCCGUGUCCAUCAUCAACACGGCCAAAGCGUCUUCUGCCAAAGCGAGCGGCGGCGACGGCGGUACCGUUCGUGUUCCGCGGGUCAUCGUCAGCCCGCCGCUUCACGCCGCCUUGGGGGCCCCGAGCGGGCCCGCGGCGACGCCGUCUGAGAACAACUUUGGGGGAGAUGCACAGGAUGAAUCCUCUUGCAUGAUGGCACUUCCCGUGGCGGCGGAUGAGCGGCUGUGUCCCGAGGCGUCGGUGGCCGCCACUAACGAGAUGGCGCUCGCUGCAACGGAGGUUGCGAGGACAGCAGAAACAGUUGAAGUGACAACCGAAGAGGAUUUUGUGGCCCUCGCUCAACUAGGUGCGAGCGAGGAAGACCUGAAGGAGCAAGAGAACAAGCGUCGGCGUGAGCUGUACAAGCACAAGCGCUUCUUCUGCGAGCUGUGCGACAAAGGCUUCCACCAGCAGCACCAGCUGAGGAAACACACGUCGCGCCACGUCAAGCCCUUCCCCUGCACGCUGUGUGACAAAGGCUUCUACCAGGCCACGACGCUGCACAAGCACCAGCAGGCCCACCGGCUGCGCGAGGCCCAGGAGCGAGACCCCGACAAGAUGCUGGCGUGCGAGCAGUGCGGUCGUAAAUUCCGUCUCGCCCGGCAGCUGCGCGCCCACCAAGCGUCGCACCGGCUGGAGAAAACACCCCUGCGCUGCGCCAUCUGCGGGCGCACCUUCACCUCCGCGGCCGUGCUGCGCUACCACCAGAUCUCGCACGGCGAAGUCACGCCGUUCAUGUGCGACGUGUGCGGAAAAGGCUUCCGGAGGAAGAGGAGCCUGCGCGAGCACCAGACGGUCCACACGGGGGCGCGGCCGUACCCCUGCCAGACGUGCGGAAAACGCUUCUCCACCUCCGGCAACCUGCGCGUCCACAAGCGCUCGCACUCGGACGAGCGGCCGUUCAAGUGCGACGAGUGCGACAAGACCUUCAAGUGCCGCAUGGGCCUGCUGCAGCACCGCGUGGUCCAUUCGGGGGAGAAGCCCUUCGUCUGUCAGACCUGCGGACUGAGCUUCGGACUCAAGUACAACUUCCAGAGACACCUGCGCCUCCACAGCGGAGAAAAACCCUUCAAGUGCGAGAAGUGCGGCGAAGGCUUCUCGGGCACGUGGGCCCUAAAGACGCACAUGCUGGUGCACGGCGCGGAGAAGCCCUUCAUGUGCGACCUGUGCGGCAAGACCUUCUUCUACAACUGCCAGCUGCAGAAGCACCAGCUGCUGGUCCACGAGAACAAGGAGCGCGCCAAGGCCGGCGGCGCGUCCGGCGGCAACAGGAGGCGGCGGCGGCGGCUCUCGUCGGGCACGAAGGGCUUCAUCUGCAAGAGUUGCGGCAAGAGCUUCAGCAGCGUCAGCACGCUUCGCACGCACGAAAAGAGCCACGCCGAACACAAGGAGUUUGUAUGCGAGACCUGCGGGAAGUCGUUCCACCUGCGCCACCUGUACAUCUACCACACGCGGCAGCACAGCGGCGACCGGCCGUACGUCUGCGCCGUGUGCCAGAAGGCCUUCCUGCUGCAGUCGCAGCUGCGCCAGCACGAGCUGCUGCACACGGGCGUCAAGCCGCACCAGUGCCAGCAGUGCGGUAAAGCCUUCCGGACUCCACAGAACUAUCACCGACACCUGCUGGUGCACACGGGCGAGAAGCCCUACGAGUGCGACGCGUGCGGCCGCAGGUUCCGCCAGUCCAACCAACUCAAGUCGCACAUGCAGAUCCACACGGGCGUCAAGUUGUACUCGUGUCAGAACUGCGGCCGCGGCUUCUCCGACUCCAGGCAGCUCAAGAAGCACCGCUGCGGGGGCGGCGUGAAUGGCUCGCUCGAGUCGGGAAGCAAAUGCAAGAAUGAGAAGAGCUCGGUAUUCCCCUGGAGCGAUGGUUUUGUCAACGAGUGAUUCCUGUCCGCACCAGAGACAUCAGAGAAAAGGCAAAAACAUGCCUCAAGUCCAAAUGACUCGCUCCUUCAGGCCUGACGAAUCCUUGGACUUGGCCUCUUUGAUACAGAGAUCCAAUGAGUCAACGUCAACAAUUGAUUCUUCUCAGCACACGGUUAGCUUAGCAUCAGUCAGAAAAGGCAGACAAGCUAGUUUGCAAGGCAGAGCUGGGGGCUUCAAUGAGCGACUCAUCUCAGUAAACGUGGUUAGCUUAGCGCCAAUAAGAAAAAGGCAGAAGAAUUCCAGUUUUGAAGGCAAUGUGGCUUAGCCAUCUUCCAGGCUUGACUAUUUCUUGGACUGAGCUUGACCGCAAAAAGGCCCCAUCAGGCGAUUCGAACGAGUGAUUCAUGAAGACAUGGUUUAUCUUAGCAUCAGUCAGGAAAAGGCAGAGCUGAGCAUGUUUCUUUGACUGCAGGCAGCUCAAAAAGCAACGGUGAGUCCUAUCCGCACAAGAGAUGUGGUUAGUUUGGCAUUAAUAAAAAAAAUAAAUUAAAAAAAAAAGGCAGGAAAGUGCUGGUUUACCACCAGGCCCGACUAGUCCCUUUCUCACAGAGAUCCUGAAAAAUGUCUGCAUUGAACUCUGACAUGGGAAUAUUCCGCAUUUGGGGCCUGCUCCAGUUCGCCAGCAAUCGCCAGAAACAGAAAAGCGUAUCUUCGUAUUCAUCCAGGUUCCACUCACCCGUAGACCGAGCUUUAGUCUCUUUUAGGCAGAGAUCUCGCACAAUGACCCAGUGCUUUAUUUGGGAAGAGGUCCAUUUCUUCGAAAAUGAGCCAUCAGAAAACAUGCGGGAAAAUGCCAGUUUGAAAGGCAAUGUUAUGAUUGAGUCCACCAACUAGUCCUUGGACUGAGCUGCUGAGAAACAGACAAGCGUUUUCCCAUAGAGCGAUGGCUUCGUCAAUAAGGGAUUCAUCUCAGCGAACAACUGGUGGCAUGGCUAGCUUAGCAUCAAUCAGAAAAUGCUAGCUUUAAGGGCAAUGUUAUUGUUUCAUUCUUCCGGGCCUGACCGGCGCUUGGACUGAGCUUCUGAGAAACAGGCGAGUUUUUCCCGUGGCGCGACAGCUUCGUCAAAAAGUGAUUCAUGUAAGCACCUGCGACACGGUUAUUUUAGCAUCAAUCUGAAAAAUGAUGUACUCCUCCAGACCCGACUAGUCGUUACGCAGCAUUGCGUUUUAAACACGACAACAGACACUAUAUUGUUAGCCUAAUAGCUAAUUGUCAGAGCAAUUAUUAAACCUACUGCCACAGUAUCCAUUAAAAAAAAUACAAAUGUGCUUUUCUUUGUGCGGUGUCAAAGACCCCUUAUGAUGACGACAAAAAAUGGACUCAGGUUUCCCUUGCCCGGACGUGGGUCACCGGGGUCCCCCUCUGGAGCCAGGCCUGGAGGUGGGGCUCGAAGGCGAGCGCCCGGUGGCCGGGCCGGCACCCACGGGGCCCGGCCGGGCACAGCCCAAAAGGAUAACGUGGGUCCCCCUUCCCGUGGGCUCACCACCUGUCGGAAGGGCCAUAGGGGUCGGGUGCAGUGCGAGCUGGGCGGUGGCCGAAGGCGGGGACCUUGGCGAUUCGAUCCCCGGCUACAGAAGCUGGCUCUAGGGACAUGGAAUGUCACCUCUGUGGCAGGGAAGGAGCCCGAGCUGGUGUGUGAGGUCGAGAAGUUCCGACUCUAUAUAGUCGGACUCGCCUCCACACACGGCUCGGACCCUGGUACCAGUCCUCUCGAGAGGGGUUGGACUCUUUUCCACUCUGGAGUCGCCCACGGCGAGAGGCGCUGAGCAGGUGUGGGUAUACUUAUUGCCCCCCGGCUUGGCGCCUGUACGUUGGGGUUCACCUUCGCCUUCGGGUGGGGGGACGGGUCCUGACUGUUGUUUGUGCCUAUGCACCAAACAGCAGUUAAGAGUACCCACCCUUUUUGGAGUCCUUGGAGGGUGUGCUGGAGAGCGCGCCCACUGGGGACUCCAUCGUUCUGCUGGGGGACUUCAGUGCUCACGUGGGCAAUGACAGUGAGACCUGGAAGGGUGUGAUUGGGAGAAACGGCCCCCCGAUCAGAACCCGAGCGGUGUUGUGUUAUUGGACUUUUGUGCUCAUCACGGAUUGUCCAUAACAAACACCAUGGUCAAGCAUAAGGGUGUCCACACGUGCACUUGGCACCAGGACACCCUAGGUCGCAGUUCGAUCAUCGACUUUGUGAUCGUGUCAUCGGACUUGCGGCCGCAUGUCUUGGAAACUCGGGUGAAGAGAGGGGCGGAGCUGUCAACUGAUCACCACCUGGUAGUGACUUGGCUCCGAUGGUGGGGGAAGACGCCACUCCGACGUGGCAGGCCCAAACGUAUUGUGAGUGUCUGCUAGGAACGUCUGGCAGAAUCCCCUCUCAGAAGGAGUUUCAACUCCCACCUCCGACAGAACUUUGCUCAUGUUCCGGGGGAGGCGGGGGACAUCGAGUCCGACUGGACCGUGUUCCGAGGCGGCCGACCAGAGCUGUGGCCGUAAGGUGGUCGGUCCCUGUCGUGCUGGCAAUCCCCGAACCCGUUGGUGAACACCAGCGGUGAGGGAUGCCGUCAAGCUGAGGAAGUAGUCCUAUUGGGCCUUUUUGGCCUGUGGGACUCCUGAGGCAGCUGAUGGGUACCGCCUGGCCAAGCGGAAUGCAGCUUUGGUGGUCGCUGAAGCAAAAACUCGGGACCCGACCUCGGAUAAGCAGUAGAAAAUGGAUGGAUGUGCUUUUUAAUUAUUAUUAUUUUUAACAUGUCCAUGUAAAUUCUCAGUUAUCCAGCUCACGAUAAUCUGCAGACGUAGAAUCGAGUCAACUUGGCUCUUCUUGUUUGUUGAAUUUGUUGUGCUGUUACUUGUUUUCCAAAAAAUAUUUAAAAAAAAAGGCUUAGGCAAUUACACGAUUAGGCUAACAAAAUUAAACCGUGGGCACUUUCUCCUAGCAACAUGGCUACAUCGUUAGUUUAGCAUCAAGACUUUAACAUUAUAAACAAGCUGGAUUUAACACUUACAUGAACAAUGAUGACAUCACGGCUCUCAGUCAAGCAGGAAAGAACAUUUUCUGUCCAGGAAUGGACUGCACAAUAUAUUUGAUGUAUUUAUGUGAUUUUUAGUCAAAGGAUAUAACAACAAACACAACACCAUAAAACAAAACAAUAAAGGUAUUCAGCUAAAUUUAA